CUAUAUAAAACCGAAUUGGAGACAUUACGCGAACAACUACGUGAUAAGGAAAAAGAUGCAAAUAAUCUGAUCUCGAAUGAACACUUGGAAGAGUUACAUAAUGCACACAACCUUAAGAUUGCUGAACUUGAACGAAUUAUUGGGGACAAAAUGAUGCAAGAAAAAUUACUUGCGGACGCGAAUGAUCAACAAGAUGCAAAAAUAGCAGAACAAGAAAAAGAACUUGAAGAACUUCGUAAUUUAUCCAAACAGUUAACAGAAUUAAAUAAUAGUCUUCAGGAUUCAUUAAUGCGUCAUUCUUAA